UGAACAGUAAAAAAAAAAGUUGGUAUAUGCAUUUCCAUGAUUAUGAUACUCUAUGUAGAGUGGGCACGCGUGACCAAUGAAAUGUCGUACAUAACACUCCGAGGAAUAAGGAAGAACGUCGUUGAAAAAUGAUGCACGGUCACAGUCACGGUUAGUCAACUGCAGAAGUGCUUAUCGCAUGGAUCAUCCGUCAACAUGUAUAUGUCGGGGUCAGUCCUGGGGAGGUUUUUCAUAUUUAUUGUUCUCCAUCAUCUCCUCGUACCGGCCACAACCGACAAUGCUACACCUUCCCGAGAAACACCACAAAAGUGCUGUCAAUAUGACAGUGUCUUCGACGAACACCUCAUGUGCGUAAAUCGAACGAUUGCAAACGAUUUUAGUGGUGCCCUCGUGAAGCCGGUGGAUCGUGUAUUUCAGUGUCUAAAUAAUGAAUCGCUCGUGAUACAUAAAGAAUACAGAAUAGGAUAUGCAAUUCAUGUGGCUGUUGGUGAUGCUAACGACACCUGCAUUGAGGAUACCUUCGAUGGAAAAACGAUAAUCGCCAAAUGUGUCGAUCAACGUUCGUCGAUACUCGGAUUGGGAUCAGUGAUAUUUUGGGGCGCUCAGACGUACAUGUCGACAAAUCUCGCCCACAUGAUCUUGUGCAUUGUCGUCGUACUUGUCUAUCUGUCGGUUCCAGAACUGGGACGAGGGCUGUACAAUCGUGCGGUUGUACGACACAACAUUUGUCUCCUGAUGCAGGGAGUUGUACUGCAACUACUGGGUUAUUGUGAGCUCAAAGAUUGUCGAAUUAACGAUCACGUGAUGAUCCUGCUGUGGUUAAUUCUCCAAUAUUUUACGAUUGCAACUGUCUUCUGGCUGAACGGAAUAUCCUUUGACAUGACACUGGCAAUAACUAAGUUUCGAUGGAUAGGCCAAAAUGCGCAUAAAAGUGGUGAAGUUGAGUCAAGGAAAUUGCUCAUGUACAGUAUUUUUGCCUGGGGCGGACCAUUAUUACCGGCUCUUCUUGCUGCUCUUUGCGACUAUAUUCCUCAAGUACCCCAGCACUUUGUCUUGAAGCCCAAUUACUUAAAUUACAGAAAUGGACCGAGUGCUGUUGUCAAUCUGUAUUUUUUUCUUCUACCUGCCUUCGUUCUUCUUCUGAAUAAUAUUCUUUUUGUCUUCACGACUCACAGAAUCGUUAAAAUACAACGGAGUACGGAAAUAGCAACGCGUAAUCAGAAGAAUAUACUGACUAAGAAAUAUUUUUUGUUCUUGAGACUUUAUCUACUGAUGGGGGCACCGUGGUUUUUCGGUAUGUUAUUGGCCUGCCUCAACAUUCUCAUUGUGUUGAAAAUAUGUAGAAUGAUUCAACCAAUUCUAUGGUUAGUGAUGCUAACUACACACAAGGAUAUACUGAAAAGAGUUAAACAAGUUGUUGCGAAAUGUAAACACCGGAGGAAAGAAGAUAAUUCUUCUGCUCUUCCAUCGACUGUGAGUUCACAUGAUUAAUUUCAACUUUUCCAUUUUUUUACAAUUUUAUUUAUGGGAGCCUGAUUUUUCAUGAUUUUUUCCGUGGGGACAGACGUUGAUAGGCCCAACGUACCGAUAUGAAUUAAGAUUUGAUUACUCAUAGAGUAUAUUUGUAUUUUUUUAAUCAAAUAGAAAAAAUCAAUAAGGACCGUGAGGUUAUGUGUUAUGAAGAAAAAUGUCAAUCAUUUGUUAGCAAUAUCAACUGCACUCAUGUACAAAAAUGCGAUUGUCGACUAAUUUAAUUUAUUAUUACGGUAAUUAGCAUUAUCGUUAAUUCACGUGGAUGUAAUUUAUUGUUAUCAGUAGUCCCUCUUACAUUUAUACUUUCCUUGUACUUUUAAUUGUUUCCGAUUUUAUGUGAAUACAAUUCACAAUUCAUUUGUUUUCUCUGAUUGUGAAGUGCAUAAUAAUGUAAAUGGUUGAAGUUUUUUUGAAAAGUUACAGUGAGUGAGAAAGAGGAAACUCGUGUUCACAUGAAGUGAAAAUUAACAACGAAAUUUACGACUUAUGUACGACUGACCACUAGAAUACAUCUGUUUAUUCACAUGUUAUUUGCUAUUCUCUUUGUGUCAAGUUGGGAGUUACCGUGAUUUCAUUCUCGUUCGCUGGAAUUCCCAUCGCACUCCCGUGCAAAAUUACGAGAAUAAACAAUUCGUUGUCGCCGCACAUGACAUUAUUUUUUACCCAUUCGAGUGAAAUAUUUAAUGUUAAAAAUAUUGAUUGUUUGUGAAUAAUUUGCUCAUUCAAAUAGCGAAAUGAGAGAUGAAAGGAGGAUGUUGAUGAAUAAA